AUGCGCGCUGAUUUAGACGAUUUAUUCGGUAUGAUUGAAGAAGAGAAAAUGGAAAAAAGAUUAGAUAGGAAUGACGAACCGGUGAGGAAGAAACGAUGCUGUAUACAACAAGAUCUCGCUGAAGCAUUAGCGACUCUGACAAAAACAACUGAUAGUUUAAAACCGUGUACAACUCAAUCAGCUAUCGCAGAACACUACUCAUCAACAGGACACACGAUGACGAGUGAUGAUUUUCAAAUUUUUAGUUUAAUACCCCGUGAAAUAUUAUAUAGAAUUCUAAGAAUACUGGAUGAUUUUGAAGCUGAAAAACAAGAUUGUACUUCUGAAUUUCAAAAGUUGAUUCGUUGUAUAUCAGUACCAGUGAGAUGCUAUAAAGAUAUACCAGAUUGUGAAUCACUUCAGCAUCGUUUGAGUAAACGACGCCAAAAAUGUCCUAUGCCAUGUACUCAUCAUGACACUACAAUGCUUCACUCAGAUAACGAUUCGAAUAUAGAGAUAACUGAGGAAUCGAUCAUUUCACUAUCCAUAGCAAUUAACGAUUUGUAUGCAGAAUAUAAUAAAUUAUAUGAAACAUUAACAGUUCUUACAGGUGGCAUACAGACUGUUAUUUCUGAUAAAGAACGACUGACGAGAGAGCUAUCUAAUUUGAAAUCAUCCGUUGAUUCCGAUCGUCAAGAACAGCUGAAAUUAAAACAGUCCGAACAAGAACAAGAUGCACUAAUCAACGGGAUACAAUUGAAUCAAGAAAUUUUGCAACAAAAUUUGACAAAUUUAACUCAUCACGUGCAAAGUGUACAAUCAACGUCGUAUGAUGGUACAUUUACUUGGAAAAUUAAGAACGUUGCAGAGCUGAUGAUGCAAGCUCAAUCAGAACGACAACCGAGUAUUUAUUCACCUCCAUUCUACUCAACUCCAACAGGUUAUAAAAUGUGUAUGCGUGCAUAUCUGAAUGGAGAUGGUAACACCCGUAGAACACACCUAUCACUUUUCUUUAUUGUGAUGCGUGGUGAAUACGAUGCCAUUUUAAGAUGGCCAUUUCAUUUCAAAGUCACUUUUUGUAUGUUUGAUCAAUCUGGGCAAGAACAUCAUAUCAUCGACUCAUUUCGUCCUGAUGUAAAAUCUGAUUCGUUUCAAAUACCCAAAACACAAAUGAACAUUGCCUCGGGCAUCCCAAAAUUCUUCCCGUUACCGAUGUUGCAACAAGAUGGAAAUAAUUAUGUAAAAGAUGACACACUCUUCAUCAAGUGUAUUGUAAAUUUCACUAAUCUACCAAAAGUUGUGUUACCCUACUUGUUGACCUUAAAUCCAGGACUAUCAGCUGACGUACAAAACAAAAUGAUCAAAACUGAAACUGAACGAAGACAAGAAAAUCAGCAGCAGCCAUCUAUACCGAUAUCAACGCCAUGCGGUUAA